AUGUCUUCUACAACUUACGACUAUGUCAUUGUCGGUGGAGGGACUGCAGGUCUCGUCCUCGCCGCGCGGCUGAGUGAGGAUCCCUCCAAGCUUGUCGCCGUGAUUGAAGCAGGAGCGAACCGCAAGGGUGAUCCGAGGAUCGAUAUUCCUGGAUUGGUCAUGUCCCUCUACGAGGACAAGGACUACGAUUGGUCCUUUCUCACGGAGCCUCAGGAGGCAUUGAAUGGGAGGCAGAUUGCGUGUCCUCGCGGCCGUGUCCUCGGUGGAUCGUCCGCCCUGAACUUGUCCGCUAUUCUCUACCCGAGCAAGGCCGACUUUGACGACUGGGCGGCACUGAACAACGACCAAGGCUGGAACGCCGAGGCCAUGGCGCCGUACUUCCGCAAGUUCCACACCUUCCGGCCCGCGUCCGAGGCCACCAAGAAGCGGAUGCUGGUCGACUACAUGGACGAAUCCCGCUAUGGCACCGACGGUCCUUUGAACGUGACGAUCCCCGAAGGAUACAGCCCGCUCGAUGAGGCGUGGGUCAAUGCUUUCAACGAGCUCGGCUUCCAUGCCAAGACAGACCAGGCCAACGGCAAGAUGAUCGGCUGCUUCACCAGCCCCGUCUCCAUCCACCCAGACACAAAGACCCGGGAGUACUCUGCUUCUUCGUACUACACAGAGGAAGUGCAGAGCCGCCCGAACCUCCACGUGCUGACGGAAGCGGUGGUGGAGAAGAUCGAGUGGGCGGAUGGCGCCGGCCCUGAUCUCAGCGCCAGUGGCGUGCAUGUGCUGCAGGGCGAAGAAAAGCGCAGAUUCGUCGGGGUCCGAUCAGGCGGCGAGGUCAUCCUCUCUGCAGGCACCAUCAAGAGCCCCCAAAUCCUCGAGCUGUCGGGCGUCGGCAACGAGCAGCUGUUGGAGAAGCACAAGAUCGAAGUGAAGAUUUCCCUCCCGGGCGUCGGCGAGAACCUCCAAGACCACGUCGUGGCGACGAGCAGCUACGAAAUCGCCGACAACCAGAUGUCGGGCGACAACCUCCAGCACACGCCCGGCCUCAUGGACGCCGUGAUGCAGAUGUACGCCGAGUCCCGCACCGGCCCCAUGACGGGCAUCAUGCUCGGAGCCGCACACCUCCCGCCCGUCGACAAAGACGGCGUCCUCAGCAAAGAGGCGCUGGCUUCCCUCGUCUCCGACGCCGCCAUCAACGCCUACCCCGACUUCCCGGGCAAGCAGGCUCAGUUCUCGCUCCUCCGCGCGCGCCUCGAAGCCGGCGAGCCGUCGUGCCAGUUCCUCUUCAUCCCCAAGCAGAUCAACCACGAGAGGCAGGAGAACACGAUGCAGUACCUCUUCGGCGGGGCCGAGGCGGAGAACUACGUGUCGGCAGUCGCGCUGCUCAACCACCCCUUCUCGCGCGGCACGGUGCACAUCACGUCGGCGGACCCGACGGCGGCGCCCGCCAUCGACCCGCGCUACCUCACGCACCCGCUCGACCUCGAGCUGCAGGCCCGCCACCUGCAGUACUUCGAGAAGCUCGUCUCGACCAGCGCGUUCAAGGCGGUGCUGAAGGAGGGCGGCAAGCGUCUGCCCCCGGCCGACUCGGCCGACUUGGACACGGCGAGGCAGAUUGCGAGGGACCGCGCCUUUACGUGCUUCCAUCCGGCGGGCACAUGCGCCAUGAUGCCGCGCGCGCAGGGUGGUGUGGUCGACAGCCGGCUGCGGGUGCACGGCACGCGCAAUGUCAGGGUGGUGGAUGCGAGCAUCUUCCCGCUCGAGCCGCUGGGGAACAUCCAGGCCAGCGUGUAUGCGGUGGCGGAGAAGGCGGCCGAUCUGAUCAAGCGGAAUGGGUAA